AUGGGUAUUAAAAGAGUAGUAGAAGAUACUACUAUAAAUGCUAAUAAAAAAUCAAGAUCAAACGUUACAUUAGAAAAAGAAUUGUCGUCAAGCAAUGUAGUUAUAGAUACCGUACAUUUAACAAAAAGAUUACAAAAAUAUAAUUUAGAUUAUAAAGAAGACAUUACACAGCAUUUAAAAGAAAUUUAUGACCCAAAUUCAAAAUGGUUUAGUAGACCAAUUGCAUUAAAUUUUGACCCUAAAAAUCAUUUACCAUAUCAAAUCGAAACUCAUCUAGAUAGAGCUAGAUAUAUUUGUCAUAUUGUUUUAAAUCUUUAUAUAUCGAUAAGUUCUUUGGAUAUCCAAGGUUUAAUCACAAUUACUGAUAAAGAUAUACGUAAUAUUAAAUUUGGUAUUAAUGAAUUUAUUACAACAAAUCAACAAGAAAAAGAUAUUGCAAAUUUUGAUGAAGGUGAAGAAGAUGGAGAACCUGAUGAAUUUGAAGAAAAUGGUGAAUAUAUGGAAUUUGUGGGACCUGAUUUUAAUGCAGUUGGUAGAAUUACUCCAGAGACUAAAUGUAUUAUUAACGUAAAUCAUUGGACAAAUGAAUUGAAAAAUUGUUUGGAUUUUAAUUUCCCUUUAUCAUUAAGAAAAUCUUUAGUCAUUGUUUAUUACCAUCUUUCAAUGGUUCAAGGACAAAAAAUUUAUAGACAAUUACAUGUUGAGGUUAUGGAAAAAUUGUUAGAUAGACAUAACCAUGGAACAAAUUUUACAGAAUUACUAAAACAAGAUAAUCUUAUAUUAGAUCAUAAUAAAUUAUUUCAAUUUCUUUGUGAAUUUUUACCUUAUCCUGAUUCAGAUUACAUCAGAUAUGAUAUCACUUCAAAGGAUGAUUUAAAUUUAUUUAGAUUAUUAUUAAAAUUAUCUCAUAUGGCAAAAUUAUUUUUUAACCAAAAUGAUACAAAUUUAUUAGAACAAACAAUGAACACUUUAUUAGCAAGUAUUGCUCCAAACACUUUACCAAUUAUUUUACCAAUUAUGACUUCAUUUGUUCCCUACCAUUAUCAUAAAGAAAUUGAAUCAUCGAGUAUUAUAGAUUAUUUACCAUUUUGUUUUGGUUUAUGGGGUUCAACAAGUGCUAACAUUGCAAUUGAUACACACAUGUACGAUUUUGUUGGUAAUAUCUUAGAAGAUUAUCAUGGUCGUAUCUUACGUGAAACUUUAACUGAUAAAGGCUUUAAUCAAUUUGGAUUAUUUACUAAAGAUCAAAUGGUUUUCUUAUUUAAUAGAUUACAAGGACAUUUAAGAACAAAUGGUCAAAUUCAUUCAUUUUCAAGAACUGUUAGACCAUUCAUUUAUUCAAUAAACGGAUCCGAUAAUGAAUUUUUCUUUCAAUAUCUUAAUACUUUAACUAAAGCCAUUGAAACAUUUGUACAUCCAUCAAAUAGUGGAUUUUGGACUAAACCAAUUGCAAAAUUUGUUCAUUCUUUUAUUAAAAUGUAUCAUGGUAGAGUGAAAAGAGAACAAAAAAUUAAAUCAGAGAAUCAUCCGGUUCAUUCGAUUAUGUUAACAGAAGAAUGUCAUGAUAAAUUAACAGAUAUUUUUUUAAAUAUUUUAUUUAUUGGUGCUCAAAAUAAAAAUCCAGAUAUUUCUAAUUAUUACAUUUCAUGUUUCGGUUAUUUAGUUGAAUUAAGCCCCAAAAGUACUAAAAAUGCUCUGGAUAAAAUCCUUGUAGAGUUAUAUGAUUCUUUAGGAGAUGAAUAUAUUAAUUUUAGACAUAGAAUUAUUGCAUCUUUGAAACAAUUUAGUAGAGUAGUCAGAUUUAUGGUUAUGGAUAAAUUAUACAGAGUUCAUAUCAUCAAUAUAUUGUAUAUGCUUACAACGAAACUUGAUAUGAAUGAUAUUAAUCUUUCGAGUAAUUUGGUUAAUGGUAUUGUUUCAAUCGCCUCCUUUAUACCAUUUGAGAUUCCUUUAAAGGAAGAAGAAUAUAUCAAUUUCGAAUCUAAUACAUUACCAUUUGUUGAACAACAUUUUUAUCAUUUGAAAGAAGGCCAUAGUUCAAGCGAUUUCCAAUAUGACGAAGACACUCUAGAGGCUGCAUUUAGAGGCUCAACUACCAUCUUGGGAACUGUUCUACGUUCCUAUAUUGAUAAAUUAUUCAAAAUGGUUGAUACUGAAUUGGAUGAAGGUUUCAUUACUAAAGUGAAUCAAACCUCAAUGAUCAUUAUUCAAGCUAUGGAUGAUUCUAUAUUCAAAAUGUUCACUGAACAGUUUACAAAACAAUUUUGGGAUAGUGACACUUACAAUGAACGUAAUCCUAACUUUGAGAUAUUAACUACAUGUUUAGCAUCUUUGGUAAAAAGAGAUAUUUCUUUAAGCAAAAGUAUUUCUGGUACGUUAAUAAUUAAAAUCCAAGAUCAAAUUGAACGUGGUGCUGGGUCCGUGAGAAGUAAUACUGAAAUUCAAAGAAGAGAUCUUAGAUUAGUAUUAUAUCUGACUGCAUUGAAUGAUGUUUUAAGACAAUCAUAUGAGGCCAUUCUGACGUUUUCUGACGAACUAAUCAACUCCCUAGAAUACAUUUUCAAGAAUAUUACAAAUCCACCGUUGGAUGUGAUAACAUCUAUCUUAGUACAUAGUGCUUGUGCAUCAUUGACUACGACAGAAAUUCGUGAAGCUCGUUUAUUUAGUAAAGAUAAUACCUUAACUUAUUCUGAAAAAUGGGGUGCAUUACAAUUUAACCCUGAUCGUUUCCUAAAGAAAAAUUUGAGUUUCGAAUGGCAUAUUCCAAAUGAGGAAGAAGUUGAAUUAUGUAUUAAUAUUUUCACCAGAAUCACUAAUACAUGCAUAGAAGAAAUUGAGCACUUAUUGAAGGAAUCUAGUAAUGAAAAGGAUAGUAACGAUAAUAUACAGAAGUAUAUUUUAAUUCUAACUCAUUCCUUAUCAGGGGCAAGUUUACUUUUUGAUGCAGAUUAUACCUCAUUAUUAAGUAAAAAAUCUAUGGAGAGAAUGGGCGCUUUAUCUAGUGCAGAUUCAAGUAGGUUUGCUAGUCUUUCUCCGUAUGUUUUUCUAGAUCAAGAUAGUGACAAUGGUAAAGAUGUCGGGCCAGAUUUAGUUACGUUGCCAGUAGAAAUUGAUGUAAAAAAUCCCGUACAUGCUCUUGAAGAAAAGAUAGUUUCUGAAGAAACUGCUAAUGAAAUUGACACUACAACCACAUCAGAAGUUCCAUCCCGUAUUGCAACACCUGCAUUUAAUCAUGAGGAGUCGCCAGUUUUUAGUGAAGAUGGGAGAUCAGCUUCAAGUGUGAAUAGAAUUCUUGGUACCAAUAAUCCUGCUUUUAAAGAUUUAGAUAUAUUUGCUUAUAACUAUUUCUUCGGUAAUGCUGGAUCCGAGAAACUUAAUAACCCAUUAUAUCACAAAAUCAAUAAUGAAAGAUUACAUAUCGGUCAUUUCUAUCACAAGAUUUUCAAGUUUUUAUCUUCCAAUCAUGAAACAAAUAUUAAUAUAUAUCAAGCAUUGUUGCACGGUUUAAAGGUUUGGUUUACUGAUAUUGGUAAAGAAACUAUCUUUAAUGAUGAUCCAAAUUUAAAUUUAGAGUACGACUUUUUGGAGAAUAUUCAAUCUCUUCGUCAUUUGGAAGAACCAUUUACAAGAUCAUUAUUUGCAGUUAAAGUUAAUAAUUUACAUCAAAGUAGGGUUUUAAUGCAUUCAACAAUACGUAACCCUUCCAAAUUAGAAUCAAAGUUACUUAACGAUGUCAUCAGUUUAUCUUGUUCGAUAUAUCCAGAUAUUCAUAAGCCUGCUCAAGGUUGUUUAUUGCAUUGUAUGAAGCAACUUAUUGGCUCUUACUCUAAUGUAAUCGGGUGUUUGUUACGUAACUUAAGAGAGAACAUGGAAAAACAACAAAAUAAAAAGAUAGAGGUUAUUCUAAGAGUACUGUGCCUGAGAAAAAUCCAAAGAAGAUUGUUGUCUGAUUAUUCUCAUUUACAGGAGGUUACAUUGAUGUUGUUAGAUUGUUAUAAAAUAAAUGAAUUGGAUAUUUCAAUAUAUGCAGAAAAAUUAUUACUCGAUUUAGUUACUAGUAUUAAAAUUCCUUCUUCAAUUUGUGUUUACGAUAGUAAGAUGUUCACCCCGAUAGAUCCAUCUGAUAUUGCUAUUAAUGAUCGUGUUGAGUUAAUAAAGGCAUCUAAAGAUAAAAAACGGAAGGCAUAUAAUAAUUUAUUAAGCGGUGUCCAGGAUUCCUUAAUCUCUCUAUUGGAUAAAAAUGAUGAAAGAAACUGGAAGAUCCCAACUUUUAUUAUUCAAUUUAUUAGUAAGCUACAGGCAAGUUUAGAAAUCCAAACCUCAAAAGAUUCAAUUAAAUCGAUCUUCAAUCAAACCAAAGAAAAACAUCCUGAGAUGGUGCAUUUAGUUGUAAGAUCAUUCUUAGCCAUUGCAAACAAGGUCAUUUCGCUAUCAGACUAUGGUUAUGAUAUAUCAAGGGCAUACCAGAGUUCUUAUGAUCCACCAUUUGUUUCUGAAAUUGAAACUGCUUCUAACGGUGAUUUCCAAAAUGUUUUUAAAGCGGAGAUGUCUAAUUUUGACAAUCCAACUUAUUUCAUUGAUGGGAAAGCUUACGUAGGUUGGUUAUGUUGGGGUAAACCGAUUAAAGUUUUAAAAAAUGCACCUAUCAAAAUUGACUUACAUGAAAACGAAACAGAAGUAUUUAUGAAUUUAGGUAAACUGGUCUCAAAGGAAUGGUUAGAAGAUAUUAUGAAAUGUCUAAUCCAAGAUAAUGAAACUCGCUGUGUCUUUAGUAGUGGUGAUGUUUCAUUUAUGGUAGUGCUUAUUGUGUUAAUAACUAGAAAAUACACCUCCAAUUUAAAGCUAGACGAUUUAUUCGAACUGUGUUCUACUUUCUAUAAUAGAUAUGACAAAUCUUCUACAAUUAUGUCUAUUGAAAUUUUAGCUGCAUUAAUUUGUGGGUCCAGGUACAUGAACGAUGAAGAACAAAAAAGUAGAGAUGCAUUUGUCGAUAAAUUUAUGAAGGAUGCAUUAAAUAAUGAAUUCAAUCAAGAUGCCUUCGAAAUUUGGGGAACAUUGUGUUGGUGGUUACCUUCAGUUGUUGAUAUCAGAAGAUGCGCAGUAUUUUUCAGAAACUUUAAUGACACUAAGACAUUAAUGACUAAAUCUUCAGAACAAUUUGGUAACCAAGCUUCCAGAAUAUUAAUGUUGGGGAGUGUUCUGAUGAGUAUGGAAUUCAGAUCACCAAAUAUUAAUUAUAUUAUUGAAACUAUUGUUUUUGAUCAUCCGUACGAUCAAGUUCGGGAAGCCAUCGGUAGACUUAUCAGUAUUAUCUGUCAGAUACAAACAACACCUUCCUACACAGAUGUUAAGACAUUACUGACAAUAAAACCGGAUAAUUCUAAUAACUUAGGAGUAGAUUUAAGUCCAACUCCUAGUAAAAUUGAUUUAGUAAUUAAAGAUCAUUUCCAUAAGAUAGAUAUCGAAUAUGAGAAAAUAACUGGAAUGACACCGCAAGAAAUUUUGAAAACCCAAUAUUAUUACAUGAGUUCAACAAUGUUCCAUUGGGUACAAGAUUUAAUAAGGAGUCCAAAUAAGAUAGCGAUUGUUCCGUAUGUUGUGAAAUAUAUCUUACCAUUCUUAUUGAGGUUAAUGAAAGAAAAAGACGUUUGCACUUUAGGUGGCAUUGAUGCGUCUACCGACUUCUUAGCAAUUUCAUAUUUACCUAUGAAGACAGAACAAAUACAAGAUAUUAUUGAUUUAAUGUGUUCAGAUUGUACGCAAUCUCAAUCUACUAAGACAUCAUACGAAAUCAAAUUGAAAUUAGCAUUUAUACAACAUUUCAUUUCAUCUGAAUUACUUCAGUUAACCGAUAUUCAAAGAGAGUUUAUCUUAGACUUUGUGGUAUCUCAAGUUUAUAAUCCAACUUUUGUUGAAGUAAGAAUCCGCGCAGCAGAUGUGCUUUCCGAUAUAGUACAUAAUGUUAAAAGUUCAGACGAGCUUAACACAUUAAUCGAAAGAUUUUCACAAAAAUUAGAUGGAUUUUCUUGGGAACAGAAAAAACAAUUAUCUAAAACUGACACAGUCAUUCAUGCCUCUGUAGUAGCUUUAGGUGCUAUCAUUUCAGCUUUUCCAUAUGUCUUUCCAUUACCAAGAUGGAUGCCUGAACAACUAUCAAAAUUAGCUUCGUGGGCAAGGACAAGUGGCGUUGCCGGACGAUCUGCUAAGGAUACCAUUAGUGAAUUCAAGAAAGUUAGAGCAGACACAUGGAAAUUUGACAGAACACAAUUUACAACGGAAGAAUUGGAAGAUUUGGAAGGUGUAUUAUGGAGAAGUUACUAUGCUUGA